AUGAUAUUCCUCUUUUUAUUAAUUACCACAUCAUUUGGUUUCUUUAAAGUUCCUGGAUGUGAAGAGAAUCCUGACGGAGAGUUUAGUGAAAGUGAUUUUGAUUUUGUACCUGAAUUAUCGACUGUUUCAUUUAUUAUAGGAUUAGUUAUUAUGAUUGGUACUAUUUUAUCUGUAAUACCUCAAUAUGUUAAAUUGAUUAGAACAAGAAACAGUAGUGGAUUAUCGCCGUUCUAUCUUCUUAUUCAGUUUAUAAAUCAAGUUACUACAGUAGCAAAUGCAUGUAUAACAAAUGCAACAUAUAUUCAUUCAUGUGUUUAUAUUGGAUUUAGCCAAUGUUUUCCAGUGUUAGUUUCGUGGACACAGAUAAUAUUAUUGGCUAUGGUAUAUCUUCCACAAAUUUUUUUCUAUUUAUUAUUUUAUCCAAACAAGAAAGAGUUUGCAUUAUUUAAAUUACCUUUAAUAUGUACUCCUAUUAUAAUAAUUAUUUCUAUUCUUUGUUUAGGAACAGUUCCACUUCUUGAACUUACUGAUGGAGAAUGUGGGAAUAUAACAGGAGGUUUUGCAUUUGUAUAUGGGAUUAUUGCUGCUGUUUGUGUUAUUAUUCAAUGGUCACCUCAAAUAUAUAUGACAUUUAGAAGAAAAGCUGCUGGAGCUUUAAGUAUGCUUAUGUUAUCAAUUACAGGACCAGGAAUGACUAUAUUGACAUUAUAUAUGAUAUUUAUCACUAAACAACCAUUUUCAACAUGGUUAAGUAAUGCAGCAAGUGCAGUUCAGCAACUCAUAUUAUUAUCAUUGUUAGUGUAUUAUGAAUUAAUACUUCCAAGAUUUAAACAUAAAGAUCAAGAAAAAACACCAUUAGUUGAGAAUGAACAACAACCAAUAAAUGAUUAUAAAAAUAAUCAAAGUCCAAAUGAUUUAAUUGAAUGA